CCCGCUUCAUGUGGCCCGGCCCGCGGCGGCCAGCGGCUGGGAGCGGCGAGGCGGCGGCGGCGGCGGCGGCGGCCCGCGAGGCCCGGGAGGCGGCGGCCGAGGCCCAGGCGGCGGCGCACGGGAGCGGCGGGAGCAGGCCCGGCCUUGGAGCGGCCGCCCGGCUGCAGCAUGCGCGCCCGCCGGGGGCUGCUGCGGCUGCCGCGCCGCUCGCUGCUCGCCGCGCUCUUCUUCUUCUCGCUGUCGUCCUCGCUGCUCUACUUCGUCUAUGUGGCGCCCGGCUUAGUGAACACCUACCUCUUCAUGAUGCAGGCUCAAGGCAUCCUGCUGCGGGACAACGUGCGAACAAUCGGUGCUCAGGUGUAUGAGCAGGUGGUGCGCAGCGCUUACGCCAAGAGGAACAGCAGCCUGAAUGACUCCGAUUACCCUCUUGACUUGAACCACAGUGAGACCUUCCUCCAAACCACGACAUUUCUUCCUGAAGACUUCACCUACUUCGCCAACCAUCCCUGCCCCGAGAGGCUCCCUUCCAUGAAGGGCCCAAUAGACAUAAACAUGAGUGAAAUCGGAAUGGACGACAUUCACGCCCUCUUCUCCAGAGACCCGACCAUCAAGCUGGGAGGUCACUGGAAGCCUUCUGAUUGCGUGCCUCGGUGGAAGGUGGCGAUCCUUGUCCCCUUCCGGAACCGCCACGAGCACCUCCCGGUCCUGCUCAGACACCUGAUCCCCAUGCUUCAGCGCCAGCGCCUGCAGUUUGCCUUUUACGUGGUUGAGCAGGUUGGGACCCAGCCCUUCAAUCGAGCCAUGCUUUUCAACGUUGGGUUUCAAGAAGCAAUGAAGGACUUGGAUUGGGACUGUCUGAUUUUUCAUGAUGUGGAUCACAUCCCAGAAAGCGAUCGCAACUACUACGGAUGUGGACAGAUGCCCAGGCACUUCGCAACUAAACUGGAUAAGUAUAUGUAUCUGCUUCCGUACACCGAGUUCUUUGGUGGAGUAAGUGGCUUGACUGUCGAGCAGUUUCGGAAGAUCAAUGGCUUUCCCAAUGCCUUCUGGGGCUGGGGCGGAGAAGACGACGACCUCUGGAACAGAGUGCAGAACGCAGGCUAUUCUGUGAGCCGACCGGAAGGCGACACGGGGAAGUACAAGUCCAUUCCUCACCACCAUCGAGGAGAAGUGCAGUUUCUGGGAAGGUACGCGCUGCUGAGGAAGUCCAAAGAACGGCAGGGGCUGGAUGGGCUCAACAACCUGAACUACUUUGCAAACGUCACAUUCGACGCCUUGUAUAAGAACAUAACUGUCAACUUGACACCUGAGCUGGCUCAGGUGAACGAGUACUGAGACGCGGGGAGGACACAUCUGCGUUCCCGCCGCCACACGGAAGCUGCCUAACGAGCUCCUGGGUCUUCACAGGAUGAGAAUAGAAACAGUCCAGCGAAGGCCCACGAGGUUCCAGGAAAAUGUGACCGAGCACACGCACAACGCCUCCUCUCGAGGACCCGCUGGGAUGGGGGCCAGCCUGGAGCCCUCCUCACGCUGGCUUCCUGUGCCCACCAGGUGGACGUCUGUCCUGCUGCUCUUUUCUGUCUCCCACCCCGCGUCCUGACGUAGCCACAGUCUCCAGAACCCUGGCGGGCCUGAGCCUCGCGGGCCUGCCGUCAGCCUGCCCCACGGAGGCCGGGCCGGCGCGGCGGGCAGGCGGGCGGCAGCUGGACUCCAGCCGUUCUCUGCAUCUCUGGUGUUCUCUUUGGUUUCAUUUUAAGAAAAAAAAAAUCAUGCUUUGGGCGGGGAUUGGGGGUGGAGGGGAGGGAUUUCGGGACAGUAACUAGACAUAAAUAUAUAUCAGUCACUUCUUGAAGAAGUAUAAUUGUAAAUAAGCCGUGUAAAAUGCCUUUUUAAAAUUUAAUUUUAUAGCUGGCUCCAAUUCAAAGUGAGGAUUUCUACAUUAGAGCACUUAUUUGGCAAAUGCAGGAACUCGGUUAAAACGCAGUUGAAGAAUAUCACCUCCCAGGUUGCCGUCACUUGGAAGGAGUGGGCACGGGGCACGUCACCGAAGAACAAAAUAACCUGAGCUCCUCGCCAGUAGCUGGCCUGCCCGUUCCCUCUCUGCCCCUCCAGGAGAGGUCCCGCCGUGGAGACCCUGCCCGUGGCACCGAGGCCCACCCCGGCCCUGCUGGGCAGGAGCAGCUCUGCUCGCCCGUGCCGGGGAGUCACCGUGGGCUCCCAGCACACCGCGGCUCUCUGGACUUCAGUUCUGGGUCUUUCAACAUCAUAAACAAGUGGGUGUUGGGUGGUAUUUUCCCUCCGUGUUUCUUCUCUCCUGUGGAACUUGGCCACGGUUCCUGAGAGCUGCUGACUUCAGGGAUUCCUCCAUUUCUUUUUGGUUUCUGCAAAGACUUUCUCCUCAUCGAUCUGCUCUGAACUAAAGAGCAGUUGAACUGGGGGGAGUGAAGCCAGGGAGCAAGGGACACGUGUGUCCAGGGUCAGCUGGGUCCAGGGGAGACCCACCCACCCCAGCUUGAGAUUCAGCACAGCGCCCGGCUCUGAGGUCAGAGUCUCCAUUGCGUUUGGAUUUGUGCCUCUUUCUUUUCCCCCGAGCCAAAGCCCUCAGUCUGUCUCUGUCCCCUUCUGCAGGAUUCUGGAGCGUGCCAGGCGUCCCCUCCUUUCCGUACAUCGUGUCGGGUGCUUUCUGGAGAGCACCUCGGGUUUCUUUUACUUGCCUUGUUUGCCUUCAGCCUCCUGAAUCUUCAUGGUUUACAUGGGUGUGUGUUGGCGAGCGUGAGCGCGUGCGUGGACGGUCGGGGUCCGUGGACGUAUGAUCCCCACAGACUGUGGGAGUGAUGGGCCAGGCCUUGGUUCUUGUUUUUGGUUUUCCUGGUUUGUUUGUGUUUUUGUUCUUUUGAAGAACAGAGUGGUGUUUAGGGAAUAAAUCGCAUUGCAAAGCUCUUACCGGCUCACAUGAGAGAGCAGGCAGCUGCCCUGGAACACGCUGGUAAGGUGUGUCACGUUCUGAAAGAAUUCCAAGCAUCUCGUGCUGUGAAAUCCCCAAGGGAGCAGCGUACACAGGCCCACCAGAUGUCCCUUGGAUGUCCCCGCCUCACGAUGCCCGUAGGGAUCCCCUCUCCACCGCCCGCCGGCCUCGCUCCUCUCUCCUCACUGAAGGCUGUGGCGUGCCUUCCCUGUGACGGGCUGGAUGUCACUUGGGACGGUCCAGAACAGACGCGUUCUGGCCGGGGUGAGGUGCGCGCAGCUGCGUGAGCAGGGCGUACGAGGCCAAGCCCCGCGGUCACCUCUGCGCCCUCCGAGGGCGCCGCUCCCGGGGUCGUUCAGAUUCUCCUGGGUCGUGUCGCGGUCUGAUGCGUCCACGUGGAGGUUGCAGCGUGCGCUGUUCCCGUCCAUCCCCACGUCGAAUGCCACUGGGAAAUGUAGUGGUGAGAACGUGCAGCCAGGCGAGAUUCUCACGUAGAAACCUCAGGAACCGGCUGUGACCUUGCGUGUCGGCAGCUGACGCUCUUCAAGGCUGCUGCCGGGGACCCCGGAGUUCAUCUCGCUGGGGUUGCCGUGUGCAGGAACGGCGUCCCUCGGGCGCUGGUUUUGGGGUGGUGUUUGCUGAGCUAUCGUUCUGACCUUACGGGGACCCUUCAGAGCUCCUCGGACACCAGUAGCCUAGCAGCGGCUGCCCAUCUUGAUCCUGUCCACUCACAGCGACGAUGGCGUUGAACGUAGCUAGCUUAUUUCCAUCACUACAUUUUUUUGAGCUUGCUCUUAUGUUUUAAGAGGUGCCAGGGGUACAUUUUUGCACUGAAAUCUAAAGAUGUUUUAAAAAACACUUUUCA